AUAUGAAGAAGUUUGCAGAAAGAAAGGAGGUUUUUGCCUUGUAACUGAUUAUGUUAAUAGAUGGGAUUCUCUUGAAUGGCAUUGUAAAGAAGACCAUAAGUGGAAGGCUUCAGCAAAGGAUAUUCUUAAGGGAACUUGGUGCCAAAAGUGUAAUACACCAGGCAGAAAAUGUGUUGUAUCAAACCAAAAGAUUAUUCCAGUACAAGGACAUAUUACAUCAGAACAAGAAU